ACCGGCGUGGAGGGGAGGUGUGCGCGCUCUGUCUGCCACUCGUUUACUCCAGUACACCGUCCCCUUUAUCCAGGUGCUGCUGUUGCCAGUCCCCGAGGGGUGCCGUACGUGGGGGUCCGUGGCUCUGGCGUUCUCUGGCGUUCCUCCACCUCCGUCAAGGGCGAGGAAAAAACCCAAGUGCGAGAAGGCCGAGUGAAUGUGUGUCCCCUUCUCUAUAAUGCAUUGACGGUGUGACAGUGACCCAGUUUCCGUCAAUCCGAUGGGGAGGGGAAAAAAUUGAUUCCUGGAGGUGGUGAAAAGUGUGGCGUCCCUCUUGAUGUCUCCUUAAGGGCGUGAGGGCGAUGGUGACUGAAUAACUUGACGUCGCUGGGCCUUGCAAAACGUUCUGACACCUUGCCGUUUUACCUCAGGCUCGACGCUUAGAAACAUAAACGCCCCAAGUGGCCUAAGCUGCGAGGGCGGUGGAGACCCAAUACCCAGACCUUCCUAUGCCCUAGAAAGUGUCCUGAUACAUAAGAAUUUCCUCAACCACGACGUUCAGCCGAAUAAACGCUUCCGUGUCAGCGUGUGUGUCUUGAAGGGGCGGAGACACGGUAAUCUGACCUGCCUAAGCCAUGCAAAGUGCUGAGCGGUCCCAUCUGUCGCGGUUUUAACUCCCGACGCUGUCAAACAAACGUGCCCGUGUGUUUGUGUUCGGUAUACAGCGGCGGAGACCUUGUAACAACCCGACCCUCCUCAGCCAUGCAGUGUGUUCAGUGAUCCUCUUAUUCGCAGUUUUAACUUAAACGUAUUCAAACUGCUUCCGUGUGCCCCAGUGUUUGCGUGUGAGUGUGUGUGGGAGGGCUGCGAGCGGCGGCCACCCAGCGCCACCAUUCUCCCCCAACACAGCAUCUGUCUGCGUCCCGCCUCCCUGGACAGACUCGCAGGGUAGCACAAGGCGAGUCUGUGGGAGGGUGAGACGUGUGAUGGCGGGGUCGGCGGGCGCGCGGCGGCUGGGCUGGCAGCGGCGGCGGCCGGCGGUGGCCGGGUAGCAGCGGCGGCUGCCGGGAUGCGCCGCAGCCGCAGCUUCUGCAUGAAGGGAGAGCAACAGCAGCAGCAUCAACACCAGGCGUGCCCGCCUCCCGCCUACGGGGGCGCGUCCUACUGCGGCCCCGACUGCCCCGCCCCGCACGGCUCCCGCCACAGCGUGGACGUGUGCGGCGCCACGCCCUCCAGGCCAGCCUAUGGGCGAGGCGUGCCCUCCUGGAGCGACGGACGCGGGCGCGGGGCAGGAUCCUCGCAGAGCGUGUCGGCGACCUGGUGCAGCGGCACCGCCGAGACGGGGCUGGGGCCCCUCGACCCCCUGCUGCCGCCCCUCCCGCCCGACCUGGAGGAGCACCUGCGGACCUGCCGCUGCACAUGCAACCACAUGGGCUACGGGAACUUUGAAGCGGGCGCCUCGCCGCACCACGCCUCGACGCUGCCGCUGCCCAACGGCUCUGUGUCCAAGCGGAACACGGACGGCGGCCUCUUCGGCACUGCGCCGCGGGUGUCGGCUGAUCGUGCCAAGGUCUCACGCAGCCUUGGGGGCAGCCUACGGCGGGUGUGCAGCAGCGGGGGCGUUUCUUCGGGUCUGGGGGACGGGCACGGCGGCAGCAGCGGCAGCAAGGGCGGUUCUGGCAGCCUGAUAGUGGGCGCGGCGGGCAGCGGCAGCCUGAGGGAGACGGCCGCCUCAACGCCGGCGGCCGCCACGCCCGCCAGCCUCCGGCGAGCCACGGCCAACCACCGCGCGGCCACCGUGGUUACCGCCGCGGGGCCGCCGCCGAGGUACCACGUCGCCGAGUAUACCUUUGAGCGGGAACACCCGGACUCACCCUUCUCCGACGAGAAAGACUCCAACGAGAAGAAGAAAGAGCGCGUGGAGUGGGGCGUGUCCUCAGCAGGGUGGGAGGCGUACUCGUGGCGCCACUGGUGCGUGCUGGCGGCGCUGCUGCUGCUGAGCGGCGGGGUGGUGCUGGCGGUGGCGCUGCCGCUGGCCGCCCGCCGGGACGCCCACCCCCGCCCACAUGACGCCCUCGCCCGCGUCCACCGCAUCCUCAGCACCGUGCCGCUCAUCGACGGACACAACGACCUGGCGUGGAACAUCCGUAACUUCGUGCACAACAAGCUGGAGAAGGUGGACCUGUCGCAGAACCUGAGCACGGUGGAGCCCUGGGGCGGCUCCCCGUGGUCACACACCGACCUGGCCCGCCUCAGACACGGCAGAGUGGGCGCGCAGUUCUGGGCGGCGUACGUUCCAUGCGGGGCGCAGUACCUCAACGCGGCGCAGGUCACGCUGGAGCAGAUCGACGUGCUGAAGAGGCUCAUCGCGCGCUACCCGCAACACCUCGGCUACGCCCACUCACAGGCCAGCCUGCUGGAGGUGUACAACUCUGGCCGCAUCGCCUCGCUGCUCGGCGUGGAGGGCGGACACUUGGUGGGCGCGAGUCUGUCUGUGCUGCGGAUGUACUACGACCUGGGCGUCCGCUACCUCACCCUCACCCACACCUGCAACACGCCAUGGGCAGACUCGUCGUUAGCUGAUUCUCCGGGCAAACAGGAGGAGAACUUCGGCCUAAACGACUUCGGGGCGAAGGUGGUGCUGGAGAUGAACCGCCUGGGGAUGCUGGUGGACCUCUCCCACGUGUCGCAGCAGACGAUGCGCGACGCCCUGGCCGUGUCCCGCGCUCCAGUCAUCUUCUCCCACUCCUCCGCCCACGCCCUCUGCCGCCACCCCCGCAACGUGCCCGACGACAUCCUCCGACAAGUGCACUUAAAUGGCGGGAUCGUGAUGGUCAGUUUCUACAGCUAUUUCCUCACCUGCAACGACUCUGCCAACGUCCACGAUGUUGUCCGACACAUCACCCACAUACGGGAGGUGGCGGGGCUCGACCACGUGGGCGUCGGGGCAGACUUCGACGGGAUCGACAAGACGCCCAUCGGUCUGGAGGACGUUAGUAAGUACCCGAUGCUGCUGGCGGCGGUGCUGCAGGAGCCGGGCUGGUCGGAUGAAGACGUGGCAAAGCUCGCAGGGGGCAACUUCCUGAGGGUGCUGCGUCGGGCGGAGCAGGUGCGGGACGAGCUGCGGUCAACCCUGCCUUACGAGGACCACAUCCACCCUGACCACCUGGCGGGGCGUCGCUCCUGCUGGUUCACGUGACGCCGCCCCCGCCUUAGGUCAUCCCUACUGCCACUCCUCGUCCUCGUCCUCGUCCUCCUCCUCCUUCUCGGCCUCAACCUCGUGUCCCAACCCAUUCUCCUCGUCCUCAUCUCCCCUCACGCCUCCGUCAGCGCCUCCUCCUCCUCGGCCUCGUCUCCGCCUCAGCGCGUCGAGGGAAGGAAGAUAGUUUUGAUAAAGAACACAAAGACGCAGGAGGAAGGUCUGCGGGUGUACCAGCUUUAAAACUGUUACAUUCAGACGAGACACAAACUUUUGAUUAAGCAUCAGCUGCCGCGCCGGCCGCUGGGAAGCCUCUGCGGGGCCGUGGGGCGAGACAACGAGCCUCUGAUGUGUGUCCUGCCAAGUGUGUCUGCCGGAAAGGGCGACUGUGAUUUUUGUUUGAAGGGUUUGGCGUCACGGCCGAGGCAGCCAUUCCGGGAAGAGCGAUUUCCAUGCCGGCGAGCCUCCAGGAUAGUUUGUUGUCUCUCCCGCGCCGUGGAGUUCAAAGGAAGUUUCGUCACUCCUAUGCAGCGGCAGCAGGGAUGAAAGGUUUGUUUUAAUGAAUCCACUCUCGAUGCUUUUAUCUGUGAGGGCGAACAUUUCUUUUUGUAACUCCAUUGUGGCGCGGCUCGGGAACAUCCAGUCUGGGCCAGCACAUCCGCCGCCGCAGAGGUGGAGGGGGACAGCCCCGGCGCGGCGGCCCCGAGCUCAAGGCGGGGCUUAGGACACUCAGGCUCCUGUACCGUGAUAGUGUGGCAGUGCACAACCUCAAACACUCCUGAAGCUGUGCUGGUCCCCGCCUCUCUCCGCCAGGCGGGGGACCACGAGGCCGCGUGUUAGUGUAAAAAGGAUUAAUACUAAGAAUACCGAAGGGAGGAAGUUCAUGCUCUCCACCUUUCUCAGUAGUUUCUUGUUCUUUGUAUUUACAUCAAUAUUUCAUAAACCGAGUGCAAAAAAAGACGUUUAUUGUAAAAGAUUAUAAAAAAAUGUUUUACAGACGAAUGACAUUUUGCUCCGCUGCUGUAACAUAUCGGGGGAAUAUAUUACAGAGGCAACAAAGUGUCAUUCCCGGCUAGAGUGCGUGAGUGGCGCGUGAGUGCUUCAUGCAGUGACCUUUUGUGACACUGUGCUGACCUUUUAGACGCUGUGGUGACUCUGGAACAUGCCGCGGUGUAUAGUGAUCCUGGUGACUGACAGGAGAUGCCUUAGGUACUGAAGACACGGCACGUAACACCCUCACCACCACCCCUUCACGCCUAGAUCAGAGAUUCUUAAGUGGCGCAUCAGUACCACCACGGGCCAUCGACACAAGGCCAUCGGAGGACAACAAAAGGAACCUCAACCAUAGAUAAACAAUGUCGUGCAGUCUGGCAGCUUAACUCAAAGACAACUACAAAACAUCAUAGAUAACUCACCUGUUUAUUCAUGGCCAUUCUCUAUUCUCUUGUCUACUGGUUUCAAAGUUAUUAGUAAUCUCCAGGUUGACUCGAAGGUGAACUUGGCGGUAUCGGGGCCUACAAGUCUUAAGAAUCACUGGUCUGGAGUGUGCGUUGGGAAGUAGACUCUUGAUUCCCGUAGCGCAUCACCAUUUGAAGGGACAUUACGUUACUAGACGCGCCCACCGCCGAGAACAAGUCCCAAUCCACCCUCUCAUCUCCUUAGCGCGUGUGGAAGCGUACCUAGCGUUUUGUUUUCUACCCCGUUUGUCUACCGUAGCGAGAGUGUAGCGUAGGGCCAGGGAAUCAAGGGGACGCAACGGAUAGGUAGUGUUUUGUUUUCUACCCGUUUGUCUACGUAGGGAGAGUGUAGCGUUGUCACUUGGGUCUGGGAAUCAAGGGUAAACGAAGCGAUGUACAUACUGAUAGAGUUAAUUGGUGGCGUGAUGAGGGUAGGUUUGGCGUCACCCUCACCGUCUUUUUGUCGUCAGGAGAGAACGAAAGAAAAUAAAACCAGAGUGAAAGUCUCGUGCUGUGUGUGUGUGUGUGUGUGUGUGUGUGUGUGUGUGUGUGUGUGUGUGUGUGUGUGUGUGUGCGUGUGUGUCGUCCCACCGUGGGCUGACUCGAGAGUUUGUGCAACUUGAUAUUUCUUGUGUUUUGUGAAAAUAGAAAGAAAAUGUUGCGCCUGAGAGGCAUAGAAAAACUUACAUAAACAUUGGAGAGGAAAAUAUAACCAGGGAAGAAGCAGAGAAUAUUCAUAAAUCAGUUCACAGACUUAUGUAACAAUAUUUUCUUGUAUUCCGUGUCAAUCAAAUAAAAAUGUUAUGCUCGACAACCCCCAAAAAUAUCUAGACAUUUUUCACUGAUGUCGAGAAAAAUACUCCGUGGAAAACACCGGCAAUCUUUUGUAGGUCAAUUUAAUAUUACCUUGUGUUCCGAGGUAAAAAUAUAUACAUCAAGGUACGUCUGAAAACUCGCAACAGAAAAACACGAAACGUUGGGAGGUGAAAACUAUACCGAGCAGGAAAGAAGGAUGACUUUUAUAAAUCUAUUUAAUUUCCUCGUCACAACCAAAACGGCAAUGAAGGAAAGAUUCAUUGCCGUCAUUAAAGGAGUAAAAAAAAAAAAAAAA